AUGAGAGUUUGUCCGCUUUUUACUCUUGUCUUUUAUGUUCUAAACACUGUUUCCCAUGUUGGAACUCAACAGGCAUUCAUCUCCGUUUCCUAUCCCGCAAUCUCAAGAAUUAUUCCACAUGCAACAAAUGCAAAUGCCUUUGCGCUUGCUCAAGGACUAAAUACCAACACUGGAAAGUUCGCUGCUCAGAGAACUCUUGUGAACCAAUUCUUCAAUCAGAACAAAGCUGGAAAACCAAAUCCAAAGACUCUAUCUCUCUAUGACAACUCCACUUACAGUAAACAGAAACUCAUCGCUUUGGUGAACAAUAGACAAGCUAUCAACAACUGGUGGAGUCAAGAUCUGACACCUGGAUUGACCAAGAUCUAUAACGCUGCAACGGCUACCAGCUACAAGAACCUCUACGCCUACUUCGACAGCCGUUACAUCAACAGCUUUUCCUACACUGUCGUCUACUGGAUGCUUACAGUUCUCAUGAAGGUAUACCGUUUUUUAUGGUUCUAA